AUGACCAUCCCAGUGUCUGGGUACCCUAAACCCCAAGUCAUCAUCAUCAAGUCCCGUGUGAUGCUGUCUCAGCGGACGGCGACCGGCGCCCCCUCGGCGCCGGUUAGUUCCUCGAGCUCUGCCGGGGCUCCUGCCGGCGCAGUGCCCUCGCUGGCUGAGCUGAACGCCACUGUUCAGAAGCAGGCCGUCGAGCUGCGCCGCCUGGCUGUCGUACAGCGGCGGAGGGAGCUGGAGGAGGAGUUCAUCAAAGCCGAGCUGGCCAGGAUCCGGCGUGACGUGAAGAAACUGGCGGCGGGCGGCUCGCUGCGCUCUACCAGUGACCGCUCACCGGCGCCCGUGCCGGACGACCCGCCGCCCAAACGGCUGUCGAGCCGCGUGCUGACUGUCGAGGACACGGAGCUGAUCACGAGGCGACUGAGGGUGCUGGAGGAGCAGGUGAACGUCCUGCAGGAGCACAGGAUCAACCAGCUGAAGGCGGCCGUGGCCAGAGAUAAGGAAUCCACCGACCUGGGUACCUCCCCGCUGGCCUGCGUGGAUGACCACUUCCCGGCUGAGCCAGAGGACGUCACACCCACUGAGAACGGCCGGCUGACAGAGCCUCUCGGCUUCAACCUGGAUGAUCUGGCGCUGAGUGACAGUGACGACCAUUGAGGGCAGCAGCGGCGGUCCCCGUUUCAAUAUAGAUGACGCCACGCUCGACCGGAACUGCAAGCUGGUGCGCGACACGAUCGUUGGACUGAAAACGUAAGCGGAUUUAUCUGAUGAUGGCUGAUGUUCACAUACUUCACCGAUGAAUCGAUGAGUUAGAUGUGGGUCUCGAAUUCGAUAGCAUCCAACCGGUACAUGCAAUCUACAGUUUAUUCCUUUGAUAGAUUAUCGGAAGGCUACAUUGCACAGUUAAGCAGCUGAUAGGGAGCUGAAGGAAAGGAACGGGACCACCUUAGCGAUAUUAGAACUUGUAGACAGUGCAACGGAGUCUGCUGGUUACUGGAAGCUUCAGCGGCAUGGAUAAAACCGUAGCAUGUCAAUGGUCAUCUUCUGUGUCCCUGGUUACACCUGGCAAGAUGCAUACUCGUUCAAAAAUCUCGGAAAGUUUGACUUAUAGGUCGAGUGGUGAUUCACGGCGGAGAGAAAGUGCUGUGUGACUGCAGGUAUUGGGGGGGGGGGGGGGGGGAGAUAACGUCCCUGAAGGGUCAAGAGAUUGUGGUUCAUUAGAAGAUGAGAUCGUGGGCUUGGUAAAGGGGCAUUACCAGAAACUCAGUUACCACUUGGGGUAACCAAUCGUUUUGUGAUUCGGGGAAACGAAUAUUUCGCAAAAUUCUUUUAAAACGGCCCAAUCUAGUUUGAAUCGCGCCUGCUCAGCCAGGUUCGCGCACUAGGAUGAUUACACUUUCAGUUGUAGAUGCUUUAAGCAAUCGAGUUCCGGUGAGGGGACGUUUAGGCAGCGGAGGGCCGGAGGUUAAUGCGAGCUCUGAACAGAUCACGGGUAGACGCUGUGUAGACGGGUGGGUAGUCCUGUGGGCGGGGAUCCCUGGCGAUCUUACAUAACCGUAACCUUACAUAUGAUCUCUGUGCCGGGUCAGGUCAGUAAGAGCCGAGGCGCGAUUUGGUGUGUUCUGGGUCGUUUGAGGGACGGUCUAGCUGCUGGGUUUUGGUUGAGCGAGCGGUGAAAAGCGUGGCCAGUUGCGAGUAAAGGCAAUGCAUGCAUGGUUCAAGUUGAGCACCGACGAAACGUUACGAUUGUCUGUAACUCUGCUCUGUGGUCGCUGAAGCCCUGCUGAACCAUUUCGCUGGUUCCAUUCAAAGCCGUAAUAACCGCAGAUACUUGCGAGACAGAAGCUUUAUCUUGCCAUUUCUACAGCUUUGUACAUAGGGGCUCUGUACAGGCUAGUUAAGGCAUCAGGGUACACGGUGGCAUACAAGUGAUUGUGCGCGAGUGGUGGGUAUCGCGAGUCCUGUGCUGGGUAUUUUGUAAGGAUUCAUUGUUGGUUCUCUUUCUGUAAGAGAUAUUGUCCUAAGUGUUUAUCGUGAUUGUUUUUGGUCCUUUGUUUGAUAUACUUAUCACCAUGUAGAUUGAUUCCUAACUGCCAGCCUUCAUAUGCUCUUUUUUCAAUGCAUAAUGCUACGAUGGCCAACUGUGCUGAUUGCGAUACUGAUAUCUAUAACUCCGGUCCGGUCCUAUGAUUGUCAGUCUGUGAGGAGUACUUAUUUGUACGGGUCGUUGCUAAAAUUGUGCUUUCUUUGAUACAAAAAGGCGCGGAACGUUAAGAUGCAAGUGUUCGCUCGCAUGGUUCGCAGAAUGCUUGCAUCUUUGAGCUGUCGGUGCCCACACACACUUCGAAUCAUAUGGAAAUGGAUCAGCUUCAGUAAAGAAGUGAGGCCCCUGACUUUUAUACUCUGAUUGCAGUAACUAUACCUUUAGCAACGACUUGUGCUUAUGUUGUAGUCUAUUCCGAUUGCGUGGAAAGUUCAUUUACACAUGAUCUCCUUUGUUUGCGCCAAGGUAAUAGCAAUGUUUUGUGCGAUUUAAGUUGAAUUUGUAUAACCGCAGCUGUGUAUCCAAUGUGGGCACUCACCGUUUGUGAAAUAGUGGCCGAAAGGUUGUACUUGGUACUUGACCCUGCACCUGUGAUUCCUUGAGCUCAACGCUGAAUACCUGCUCUUUCUAAGCGUGGCCUCAGAGGAAAGUCUAGAUAAAGGAUAAAGGUACAGAUACUUUGAUGUCAGUUUAAGAAUUGAUUGCUCUGCACCAGUUGUGUCACAUUACGAGAGCUUGUGUCUUGUUUCACGGCCUUUCUACAGUAAUUUUCUGAACCAGAAAUUCUAAGAGGUUUGCCGUUUGCUGAUGGAGUGGUGCAUUUUGACUGUAUCUGUGUACAUAUGAUGGUGUUCAGUAUUGAGGGCGUGGAGUUUUAGCUUAAGGAUGGCUUGAGUAAGGCACGGUUAUCAUGCAUUGCUCGCCGCUGUGUGCAUCUAGAUUCCAUUGUGUGCGUAACAACACCUGUUAUUAUACGGAGUAGCGGAAGCAAGAUCACGUUUACCUACGUGUGUUCGUAGCUGUGAGCCGACAAUAGCAUUUGUACUGAACCGACGUGUGUUUUAAUAUAUACUGCAGAAAUAAG